AUGGAAUUAAAGAACGCCGAAGAAGUAAAGUUCGAUCAGGAUCUCUGGCUUAUUCAAAUAAAGGAAGGUCUGCAAAUACAUGGCGAGCAAAAAGAAGAAAAGGAGAUUUGCAUAUCCGUUUUUGGUGUGCCCAAGGAGUUGUUGGCAAUGACGCCAGAAGCGUAUAUUCCGCAGUGCGUCUCCAUUGGACCAUAUCACCAUUCUAGAUCACAGCUGUACGAAAUGGAGAGUUAUAAAGUAUCUGCUGUGCGAAGGUUUGAGAAGACGCUAACCGGUGGCUGCAAGUUCGAAUCAGUAGUGGAAGAAGUGAAGAAGUACGACUGGCAGAUCAGGAACUGCUACCACAAAUAUCUCGACUACAAUAAGGAAACCCUGGCAUGGCUUAUGGCUCUUGACGCCUCCUUCGUGCUUGACUGCUUGCAGUUCCAAGUCGAACGGGCAGACCAGCCUUCUUCACAAGUGUCUUCCCACGGUAAGCUACUGGGCAGAGUUUUGGAUCCAACUGGGAGGAGCGCAAUCCACAAUGCGAUUAUCAGAGAUCUGAUGAUGCUAGAGAAUCAGUUACCUUUGUUUCUCUUGCAGAAGCUGCUCGAAAUGGAGCUGGGUUCUCAAGAUAAGGCGGAAGAAAGGCUCUGCAAAUUGGUGACUCGCGCCUGUAGGGAAUGGUCACCAUUUAUGUUGAAGAUGCGGGAUAGUUCAAGGCUGCGUAUAAAAGAGAGGGGUCACAUAUUGGAGGUGUUCUACUACUCUAUUGUCCCUGCUCCAGACAUGGACGAUACCAUUUCUAAGAAGAAUGAUGACGGGAUUGUCCUGUCCCCGGAUUCAACGUACAUAACGCGUGCUCUGAAAGCUUUAUGGAAAGCCCUUUCUUCGUUAGAAAUCAGCCUUGAUCAACUUGUCUCGGCACUCCCUGAGGGUGUCUUGAAAGGAAAGCCGGUCCAGUUGGUGACACAGAUGUCCACGCAUCUUGUCUCCGCUUUUGGAACUCUUUCAAUUAAGCGCAAAGAGGAAAAAGAUGAGGAGAAAGAUGAGGAGAGAGAAUAUUCCUAUGCGGAAACUCCUCCUACGCGUGAUGAAUUAGCGAUUCCCUCCGUCUCCAAUUUAUACUCAGUAGGAGUAAAAUUCCUUCCAACCGAGGGAGACCUUACCACAAUUCGCUUCGACCCGAGGACUGCAACUCUUUAUCUUCCCAAAUUGAGGUUGGAUUCGAGCACGGAAGUAGUUCUCAGGAAUUUGGUGGCGUUCGAAGCUUCGGCGGCUCCUGGUGAUUUGAUCUUCACUCGUUAUAGUGAUUUCAUGAACGGCAUCAUCGACAAAGAGGAAGAUGUUCGGCUUCUGAGAAAAAACGGAAUUAUCUACAAUCAUCUGGCAGACGACGAGAAAGUGGCAAGCCUGUGGAAUGGCUUGGGUAGAUGCGUGAAAUUGACGAAAGUAAAACAUUUGGAUCAAGUUAUAGCGGAUGUCAACAAGCAUUAUCACAAGAGAUGGCCCGUUGCCGUUAAGAAGAACAUAAGCAAAUACAUAUUUGGUUCAUGGAAGCUCCUCACUGUUGUGGCCGCAGGGAUACUUUUGCUUCUGACUUGCUUAGAGGCCUUUUGUUCUGUGUAUGAAUGUAAACAUUGGUGGAACAACACUAGUUAA